AUGCAAUCCAUGAAUAUACGGGAUCGAGGAAGAUUGAUAUUGUGGUUUUUUCGAUGGGUGUGCUCCAAUUACGAGAGGGGCUAUAUACUGGGAGGGGAUUGUAAUGGUAUAUAUCUCGGAAAACCGCUGACGCAUUUGGUAGACACUUUCGUCUCGGUGGCUGGCGCGAAUUAUGGCUCUGCUAUUUGUGAAAUGCUGCCACUGGCCAUUUGCAAUCUAAAUAACGGGUUGUCAUGUCGAAGUCACAGAUUGAGGGAAUUAAAUUCACGUAAACAUCGCUACGAGGGAAAAUACAGCUUUUCCAUUACGACGACUAAUGACGAAAAGGUUGGCGGCUGGUGUUGCGGCCAUAAAUGUGCUUCUCUGCCGAAUAAUGAGGCCGAAUUUGUCUAUCACGGGCCGGGGCAUGAUGAGGUUCUUUAUAUGGUAAAC